AUUGGAGCAUUUCAAUAAUUUUGAUCCUAGUUAUCUAGAAUAACGGUGAAAAGAAAGUGAAAGUAGGAAUUUCAAUGACACGUUUUAUUUGCAGAAUUCAAGCGUUCUUUCCCAUAAGAAUUUAUACUCCCAUCAUAUAAACAUGAGAGCAGACCAGGAAGCAUUUUUCAAGAAUGACCGAACUUCAUUUAACCCUAUUCAAAGUGCACAAUGCCAAAGUGGACAAACAGAGAGCGAGUAUUGGUGUUUAGUUCCAGAGGAAUAUCAUACAGGGCUCGGUACCUGAUGAAUGAUUUGCGAGCCUUAAUGCCCCACAGCAAACAAGAGUCUAAAAUGGCCAAAAAAGAUCAGCUGUAUGUUAUAAAUGAGAUUUGUGAAAUGAAAAACUGUGGCAAAUGUUUGUACUUUGAGGCGAAAAAGAAGCAAGAUCUGUAUAUGUGGAUUUCAAAUUGUCCAUCAGGUCCAUCUGGGAAGUUUCUUGUAGAAAAUGUACACACCAUGAAUGAACUAAAAAUGACCGGGAACUGCCUUAAGGGAUCAAGACCUUUGCUGUCAUUUGAUCCAAUGUUUGAUCAGGAACCGCACUGGUCGCUGUUAAAGGAGCUAUUUGUACAGACAUUUGGAACACCAAAUUUCCAUCCAAAAAGUCAGCCCUUCUUUGACCAUGUGUUUACCUUCUCCAUCGUGGACAACAGAAUUUGGUUCAGAAACUACCAAAUACUGGAGGAGGAUGGCUCCUUGGCAGAGAUUGGUCCAAGGUUCGUGUUGAAUCCAAUAAGAGUGUUUGCAGGAAGUUUUGGUGGCACAACACUAUAUGAAAAUCCUAAAUACAGAUCUCCCAAUGAGUUGCGGAGAGAAGUGCACAAACGGUUUGCUCAGAAGUACGUUUCUCGAGUUCAGGCCAAGAAGUCGUUAGAAGAGAGGAAGCCAGAUGAGCCAUAUAAACGUGAUCCCACUGAUGAUGUGUUCCUUACUAUCCGACCAGAGGAUACUACAGGCAAAGCCAAAAACACCUCCUACAGGAAUUCUUAACAAAAACUCAAAAGAUCAAUCAAUAAUGAAUGAUAUUAUUGUGAUGGAUUGCAGGCUCAGAACAGAUUGAACGAUUGAUAUCAUCUUCAAUGUGUUACAGAGGGAGAUCUGUUUUUGAUGCCAUUUGUGAUUCAUAUUACCUAAACCUUAACAGCAAUCGACAAAAAUAUUAGUUGACAUCCAUCAUUUUGUGUAAUAUAACUGUUCAUACUUGGUGCUUCCUCUCCGAGGGACAAGUUUUUGUGUUGCUGGUUCACCGAUUAACUUGUUCCUGAAGACAAAAAACGUCUGGUCUUCAUUGUGGAGUAAAUAACUCUUGGCCAGAUGAUGUCGAAAGAGUUUUGGUCCGUAAAAUAAGAUCGAAAGCUGUUUUGUUCAGGUGCUACCGAGGUUGCUAAGAUGGUGUAAACAUUUGUAGUACCUUGGUAAUGCACGAUAAGAUUGUAUACCUUGGUAAUGCACGAUAAGAUUGUAUACCUUGGUAAUGCAGGAUAAGAUUGUAUACCUUGGUAGUGCACGAUAAGAUUGUAUACCUUGGUAGUGCACGAUAAGAUCGUAUACCUUGGUAAUGCACAAUAAGAUCGUAUAACGUGGUAAAGAUGCAUGGAUUUAACACAUAGGAAGUGCCAGAUGUAAAAAAAAUAUUUGAAAACCUUGAUGAAUUUUGUUCAUUCUAUGCCUUAGUCAGAAUAUUCUAGUGUAUAUUUGCAAAAUUGUAUAAGCGUUAUUAUAAAGAGCAUAGGCACAUUCCUUUCUGAGAAAUACGGUCAGGGUGAUACAUGUGUGUAAGCCAUCGCAUCAGACUCGCGCUUGAGUUACCAGACAAUGCAUGACAGCGUUGGUAAUUUCUUCCAAGGGAGUGUGAUUAAGUUCAACUUUCUAACAAAAUACAUGUUUUUGCAUUUUGCUAAUUACAACUUUGUCAAAUUAUGUGCAUCACUUUGCAGGAACAUGCUUGUAAUAAUAAAUGAUGUAAGAAAA